AUGGAAAACCUGAAGGAAGAAAUAAAAACAUUAAAGAGAACUGACGUUGAAACGUUUAAGAUCAUUGAAACAUUUAGUGAGGCUGAAGUUAUAAGCAGCAAUAUCUACACAAGAUGGGGCCGACGAACGUGUCCUGACGGUGCAGAAUUGGUUUACGAAGGGUUUGCAGUUUUGGGGACCGUUUAUUCUAUGCGAGAACCUGUGUGUUCAAGGUUUCACUAUGAGGAAAAACUCUUAGAAAAGAUGGUAAGAUCGGAGUUUAAAAUGGAUGCAAUGGACGAAAACUUGAAAGCAAUCACUGAUUCAAUAGAGGAAAGGUUUUCAGACAUUACAAAAACGGUUGAGGACCUGAAGAAUGAAAUAGAAACAUUAAAAUCAGCUGACGUUGAAACAUCAAAGACGGUUAAAUCAAUAAAGGCAGAUAUUGCACGCAGCAGUAUCUACACCAGAUGGGGCCGACGAUCGUGCCCUGGUGAUGCAGAAUUGGUCUACGAAGGGUUUGCAGGGGGUGGCAAUUAUGCACAAACAGGAGGAAGCAGUAGUUACGUAUGUCUACCCAAAGAUCCUGUCUUUGACGGCGACGGACAAAAUUCGAAGCAUGUUGCCUUCCUUUACGGUGCCGAGUAUCAAACAAGUACAGCGACUUUCCUCUCUAACGUACAUGACAAAGAUGUCCCCUGUGCUGUCUGUCGCGUUAUAGGAAGAGGCGUAGUAAUGAUCCCAUCGAGGAAUACCUGCUACAGUGGGUGGCAGAAGGAGUACUCUGGCUACUUGAUGUCGGAAUAUUACCAACAUGCUUCAAACAAGGAAGUAAUUUGUAUGGACGGAACUCCUGAGGAAGCCGAAGGAAAUGACAAUGACGUAACUUACACGGUGGAAGACCUAAAGAAAGAAAUAGAAACAUUAAAGACAGCUGACAUUAAAACAUUAAAGAGAUUUGAAACAUUGGGGUCAGCUCAUGUAGCAAGCAGCAGUAUUUACACUAGAUGGGGCCGACGAUUGUGUCCUGGUAGUGCAGAACUGGUUUACGAAGGGUUUGCAGGGGGUGGUCAUUAUACACAUAAUGGAGGAAGCAGUAAUUACAUAUGCCUACCUAAGGACCCUAUCCUUGACGGCGAUGGGCGUAGUUCGAGCAGCGUUAAUCUCAUUUACGGUGCUGAGUAUGAGACAAGUGACGCGACCUUUCACUCGAACUUGCAUAACCACGAUGUUCCAUGCGCUGUUUGCCAGGUUGUUGAAAGAAGCAUUGUCAUGAUUCCAGCGAGGAAUGUCUGCUACAGCGGAUGGCAUACAGAGUACUCUGGGCAUUUAAUGUCAUCUUAUCAUGGUCAUGCUGGGAACAAGGAAGUAGUUUGCGUAGAUAGAUCUCCUGAGGAAGCCGAAGGAAAUGAUAGUGGGAAUCAGAACGGUGCAUUGUUUUACUUUGUUCAGAUUGGGUGUGGGGCGCUAAAAUGUCCACCUUAUCGCGAGAAUGUAGCGCUAACUUGUGUUGUUUGUUCCAAGUAG